AUGAAGACAGCAGGCUUUCUCCUUCUCAGUCUGACACUAUUCCUGUUGUACUCAGAUGUCGUCACCGGAGCAAAACAACCACGGCCAGCGGUUGAUUGCAGUGGCUACCCGAAAGACAUCUGCACCCUGGAGUUAAAACCAAUCUGUGGCUCUGAUGGCCAAACAUACAGCAACAAAUGUUUGUUCUGUAAUGCAGUUGUCAAAAGUCGUGGAAGGCUUGGACUGAGUAAUUAUGGAGCAUGCGAGCAAACUGGAGCUGUGUAUAUUUAA